AAGAGUCUAGACAUAGCGUCUGCUAGGGUCAUACUUGACCUCAUGACUACGUCUACUCUAUAUCUGCCUACAUCUACCCGGGUAGCUGGGCGAACGUAGAUCAUCUCUACCCGCUAGCCUACAGCUUGAAUGACAGUUGUACAGACUAUAUAGUACAAUUCCUGAAUAUGGCAUCGGCUGUGACUUGCGACCAAGCGACGCUGGAAGGCGAUACCUCUCAGUCGAAGCUCACUCUCUUGAAACAGGGAGCAGAAGCCCGUAUUUACCUGAGCACUUUCAUGGGUCGUAGCUCCAUCGUGAAGCAGAGAUUCAAGAAGUCUUACAGACAUCCUAAGCUGGACGCUAAGCUUUCACAGAAGCGCACCGGACAAGAAGUCAGGACAAUCGUCAAAUGCAGGAAGGCUGGGAUCACUACACCUGUGGUAUACUUUGUCGACAAUGACACUCAUUCCAUCCACAUGGAAUACAUAGAAGACUCCCUCACAGUCCGAGAGUACAUUCAACAGAUUCAGAACUCCGGGGAAUCCAACGAUGAUGAAAGGUUGGUGUCACUCGCCUCAAAGGUUGGAACGACCCUAGCAUCCAUGCACAAUGUGGACAUCAUUCAUGGGGAUUUGACGACCUCAAACAUGCUUCUGCGUCAACCUUACGAGGACUCGCGCCUGAUAAUGAUCGAUUUCGGACUCAGUCAGAUAUCGCAUAUGUCGGAGGAUAAAGGGGUUGAUCUCUAUGUCUUGGAGAGGGCGUUUCUAAGCUCACACCCGAACACGGAAGAGUUGUUUAAGACAGUUCUUGAUGUGUAUGCGGAGAACUACAAAAAGUCUGGAGAAGUGUUGAAGAAGCUGGAGGAAGUAAGACAACGAGGGAGAAAGAGGGUGAUGUUAGGCUAGGAGAUAUACUGAAUAAGAAUUACUGUUUAUUAUUUUUUAUGUAUUUUUUGUAUUGAUGUUAGUUGUUUUUAUAUAAAGGCCUUCUACCAUUUAUUUCAAAAGUAAUCUACCCUGGUCACCCAGUAUUUAAAACUGUAUGUUUAUCAUUUCAUGCUUAAAAAGGUAGUUCCAGGCAUUUUCAAGCCAACACCAAAAAACUGACUGGUAUUUUGAAUACCAAGUCUUCAUCCUAAGGAUGGUACAGUAUGCACAUUCCUACUCGUAUAGAUAAUAAGUAUCAAAUUAUCGAUCAAAGUAUUGAUCUUUAAAAAAAAAAUUCAAAAUGUUAGUAUUGACAGAGAUCAAUUUUAUUGUCUACAGGUGCAUAACUUGUUUUAUGGCAAUACCAUAGCAUACUGAAAGAGAUAGUUGUAACACACAUCUUGGCGUACAUGAACAUGGCCAUAGGUUAAAUCAUGUUGCUCCAUAAAGUUCCCUCCCAUGUACAAUCCCUAUUGGAGGGAACUAUUUAUAACUUCAUAAAAUGACUGACCAAUCAGAAGCAACUUAUGGUUACAUAACUAUGUCUCUCAAGUAGCUAUGGGCAAUACAUGUACUAUUAUCUGGUUCUUCGAUUCAAACUAAAUGCAACACAAUUAAAAAAAUCCUAUUUUACAAACUUCCAUUUGGUCAAGGAAUAUAUGAUCUGAAGGAUUUUUAAUACAGUGCAGUACCAAGAAUCAGAAGUGCUUCUUUGGCACCAGAGUUUUAAAAAAAAAAUCACGAUUAGCAUACACCGUGUGGUAUGUUGAUCCAACAGUAUAUCUAACUGAAGAAGUGUGAAUAAUUGCUAGUGUAGGAUGAUUAAGAUGAAGUUUCAUUGACAAAUAAAUGGGUAAAUAAUAAAUA